UUCUCAUUUUUUAGAGGAAAGUUGAACAUCUCGAAACCAUAGCCAUGGCGAAUGUGGAGAAUCCAGAAGCGGAAGGAAUGGAAGCUUCAGAUGCUAGCUUCGUGGAUGGAGAUGAUGGUGAUGACUCGAGUCCUUCGAAGAAGGGGUCACUAGCGGAACUACUAAAAGAUCCAUCCAUGUUGGCAGCGAUACAAGCCAAGAUCCGUUCGCGGGAUCAAAUACAAGCUCAUACGGAAUAUAUGCGCUCGUUGCCACGACCUGUUAAGCGCAGAAUAAAAGCCUUGAAGAAACUCCAGCUAGAGUCAACUAAUAUUGAAGCGAAGUUUUUCAUGGAGCUUCACAAUCUUGAAAUAAAGUACCAAGCCCUGUAUAAGGAUCAGUAUGAUAUGCGUUCAAAAAUCGUCAACGCGGAACACGAACCAAAUGACGAAGAGUGUAAAUGGUCUUUGGACAACGAGGAGGAAGAGUUGAGCAAUGAGUUGAAAGAUAAAGUUAACGUAGGCGAUACAAAAGAUGAUGUGAAAGGGGUGCCGGAAUUCUGGUUCAAGGUUUUGAAAAAUGUCAGUCUAUUGGAUGAGAUGAUACAUGAACAGGACGAGCCAGUCUUGAAGCAUUUAACAGACAUCAAGUAUGAAGUCACGAAUGAUCCUGCGGGAUUCAAGCUGGAAUUUUUCUUCUCGCCGAACGACUAUUUCACGAAUAGUGUUCUUACCAAAACCUAUGAAUUGAAGUGCGAACCAGAAGAAGAUGAUCCAUUCAGUUUUGAAGGUCCAGAAAUCAUUCGUUGUCGUGGGUGCCCCAUCGAUUGGAAAAAAGGCAAAAAUGUUACUGUCCGGGUGGUAAAGAAGAAACAGAAACACAAAGGUCAUGGUGGAGUGCGCAUGGUAACGAAAACUAUCCCCACGGACUCGUUCUUCAAUUUCUUCGAUCCCCCAGAAGUUAAGGAUGACGAAUCCGAUGAAGAUCAGCAGCAGAUUUUAUCGGCUGAUUUUGAAUUCCGUGGUUCGGUUCUUGGCUUAUAUCGUCGCAUUAUGCGAGUGCAGAAAACGUGGCAAUCGAAGGACCCUGAGGAGAGCAAGGAUGACAAAGCAUUCAUCCUUGCUGAAGCAAGACGGCUCUUCAAGCAGAACAAAAGUUUGAAGGAUAGAGGAGAUAUUAUUGCUAGUAUUAAGGAAGGAGAAGCUCGUUUGGAAUUAGCUAUUCACUACCAAAAUCCACAUCCGCGGCCUGUGAAUCUCCCUCCUCACUCCCUGGCUACGGGAUGGACAAAAAUGAAAGCUGAAGAACGUAAGAGACGUCUUGGCAAACCCGUUUAUGUGAAGUCACUGGACGAAGUUUCUUGAAGAAAGGGUCAUUAUUAUUUAGUCUUCAAUGGAAAAUUGCAACGUUUGGAAGUUUUUUUUUUUAGAAUGUGUGAA